UGCUUACACGAUUGCUAUAAGCCAAGUUAGGCUGAAUUCAUGACAGUUUUGAAAUCAUGUAUAUGUGUAACUUUCAUUUCGGUGAUGAUGACUAGGAAAUGGUGAUGGAAUUUUUUGAAGUGCGUUUCAAAUGGACAAAGCCCUUUUGGCUGUGAGUGUUAUAUCUACUCGUGAACCUCUGUUUUUCUUGUUUUUCAUAAUAUACCAAUAGACAGCACUAGCAAUCGUGUAAGCAAUCUGAGGCAUGAUAUCGUGCAUGCGUGCCACCUUUAACAUUGCCAUGCAGAAAACAACCAACACAUAACUGUUCAAAGCUCCAUAAUUCAGUCGGGGCCUUGUUCCUUCUGCAAAUAUUCUUAUAUAAAUAACCCACUCGGAGGCAUUUUAAUUCCUAUAUAAAUCUCCUUUAUGCUCUGUUUUCUUUUUUGAACAUAAUUUUUCAUUCUCCCAAUAAUAUGAGCACCUUCAACUCUUACUCUGACAUCCGUUUCCAUCCUAAGAUUUGUUCCCAUCCUUCCAACUCUCUCAUAUCCAUUUCGUUUGUUUCCUCCAUCUCCUUUUGGGUUUCGUGGUGCGGUGGUCAUUCGGGCGGUGUAGCGGUGCAGUAAUGAGACGGUGUGAUAGUGUGUGCGGUGGCCAAUGCUUCGCGACUUGGGUCUUCUUCGAGAGAGGAGAAGAAAGAAGAUAAGAGGCCACGAAUGGAUGUCGCGUGUCCGUUUGAGCCUAAAACGGAUAUGCGACAUCCGUCUAGGGCUCCAACCAUGGCUCCAUGUCCCAGCGCUACCAACCUUUGCUUGCUCUUCAUCCAAGAUGAACCCUCCCCACCUGAGACCCUCAGCGUCCUCCCAUUCGACGCCGCCAAGACCAUGUGCCGCCUCCUCUCCCUCUACAACUCCCUCACCCCAAGAAAUUGUCCACCUCCACCGCAACAUCAUCAGGUCCAAAUCCGUUUCCUCUCUCAACUCCCGCAACGUGUGCUUUCUCCUCACCCUCGCCUGCGUCGAACGCCUCGAGGACCUCAACCUCGUCGUUGCUACCAUCUCCCGCCUUGCAGCUAGAUGUUUCGACCAAAACCUUGCUAGCUUUGAAGUCCUAGAUGCUCGCAAGCUCGAGUUUGGAACCCGUGAAGUCCAGAAGAAGAUCAAGAGCAUGGAAAAGCUCGUAUUCGCAACGAGGAGCCUCCACAAGGCCAUGGAGUGUGAUAAUGUUAAUUCUUACCAUUAUCUAAGCAUCAUUUUAGUAGCAAAAUCAUCUCCUUUCUAGCUUAUAACCUUGUUUUAUCCUCACG